GGUUAUACCACGCAGUCUCUGGAAAAGGGGGUGGGGAAGCAAGGCUUACAUGCUAUUGGGGUGUGUUGGGGGCUGGGUUUCCAGCAUCCUCAAAGGAUACACCUGGGUACCGGAGCCAAGGGAGGAAAUGGAGGGUUAUUUCCCUCGAGCCCCCACCGGGGGGGUAACCCCUCUAGUGGGAGGUUAGGAAAAGGAACUUGGAGUGGGGUAGGAGAGGGAGUGUUGUUAUCCCCCCUAUUUCACGCUCCCUUUUCUCUCUUCCGUUUGUGGAGCUCCGCGCGCUCUAGUUAGGGGGCGGGGUGGGGGGAGGGGGGAGGCUCGCGGUGCUGUUCGCUGGUGCUUCUUGCACCCGGUUAGCCCUGAAAGAGCCGGAGCUAGAGCUGGUGCAGGUUAAGCGAAGGGAGGGGGUGGGCUGGGUCGGAUCCGGCUGGGUCGCUUGGAACCGGAAUCCAAAGGGCUACCCCCCACCCCCCACCCUGAGCCCGACACUACUCAGGGCCUUCGGAGGAAUCGGCUGCAGAAGGAACAGCAAGCGGCAUCAGCAGGCAUGAUGGAGGUGUAAGGCGAGAGCCCCCCCGCCCCCCGGUUUUACGAUAUACUUAAGAUCCAGGCAUUCUUGAGAGAUCUUCAAAGAAUAGGAUUGUCAUGGAAGUAAACUACAGAAAGACAAAAUACUAUGUAAUCAUGGAACCCCGGUGGCAAAGAACUCUUGGUUAAGAUUACGGGCCAAUGCUGGACUCUCUAUGUCUGUCAUCCAAGGACCAGCCUUGCUAAGGCUCAGAGAAAUUCAGUAACAGAAGGCUAUUGACCAGGAUUCCUAAAGUUAAUGAACACUUGAAGUUUGAUGCUUGUCGCAGAGUCGGGAUUGAUACAUACACCUGCUGUGUGUUGUCAGACAUUCUGUUGCUUGGUGGCAGGUGAGUUGGCACAUAGAUUCAUCUCGGAAUGCCAUUAGUGAAGAGGAAUAUUGACCCCAGGCACCUGUGCCAUACAGCACUGCCCAGAGGCAUUAAGAAUGAACUGGAAUGUGUAACCAAUAUCUCCUUGGCAAAUAUAAUCAGACAACUGAGUAGUCUGAGUAAGUAUGCUGAAGAUAUAUUUGGAGAACUAUUUAACGAAGCACACAGUUUUUCCUUCAGAGUCAACUCUUUACAGGAGCGGGUAGACCGUUUGUCUGUCAGUGUUACACAACUUGAUCCCAAGGAAGAAGAAUUGUCAUUACAAGAUAUCACAAUGAGAAAAGCUUUCCGAAGUUCCACAACUCAAGAUCAGCAGCUGUUUGAUCGGAAGACUUUGCCAAUUCCAUUACAAGAAACUUACAAUGUUUGUGAGCAGCCUCCACCUCUCAACAUACUCACUCCUUAUAGGGAUGAUGGUAAAGAAGGUUUGAAGUUUUAUACCAAUCCUUCAUAUUUCUUUGAUCUAUGGAAAGAAAAGAUGUUACAGGACACCGAAGACAAGAGAAAGGAAAAGAGAAAACAGAAGCAGAAGAAUCUAGAUCGGCCUCUUGAACCAGAAAAAGUGCCAAGGGCCCCUCAUGACCGGAGGAGAGAAUGGCAGAAGUUAGCCCAAGGCCCUGAGCUUGCAGAAGAUGAUGUGAAUCCCUUACAUAAGCCGAGUGAAGUUGCUAAUGGCCCAGCCUCUCAGUUUGAACCAAGACCUCAGGCAUAUGUGGAUCAUAUGGAUGCUUCUUAUUCACUUUCUGCAUUACCCUUUAGUCAGAUGAGUGAACUUCUAAACAGAGCUGAGGAAAGGGUCUUAGUGAGACCACAUGAGCCACCUCCACCUCCUCCAAUGCAUGCAGCAGGAGAUGGAAAACCGGCUCCUACUUGUAUCAGCUCGGCUCCAGGCUUGGUAGAAAGCCGGCCUCAGUCUCCAGCCACAGGCAGAACAGCAGUGUUUGUCAGCCCCGCACCCCCACCUCCUCCACCUCCUCUUCCAUCUGCCUUGUCAACUACUUCAUUAAGAGCUUCAAUGACUUCAACCCCUCCCCCUCCAGGACCUCCCCCACCUCCACCUCCAGCUGCUGCUCUUCCAGCUCCAGCAGUGCCGCCCCCGCCAGCUCCUCUACAGAUCGCACCUGGAGUCCUUCACCCAGCUCCUCCUCCGAUAGCGCCACCUCUGGUGCAGCCCUCCCCUCCAGUCACUAGAGCUGCCCCAGUGUGCGAAACUGUACCCGUUCAUCCACUCCCACCAGGGGAAGCGCAAGGGCUGCCUCCACCUCCACCACCUCCUCCCCUGCCACCUCCAGGCAGCAUUCGGCCAUCGUCACCCGUCACUGUUGCAGCUCUUCCUCAUCCUCUCUCUGGAGUACACCCACCCCCAUCCACUGCCCCUGGGCCUCAUGUUCCAUUAAUGCCUCCAUCUCCUCCAUCCCAAGUUGUUCCUGCUCCGGAGCCAAAGCGCCAUCCAUCAACCCUGCCUGUAAUAAGCGAUGCCAGGAGCGUACUUCUGGAAGCAAUACGGAAAGGUAUUCAGCUAAGAAAAGUAGAGGAACAGCGUGAACAAGAGGCUAAACAUGAACGCAUUGAAAACGAUGUGGCCACCAUCUUGUCCCGCCGGAUUGCUGUGGAAUACAGCGAUUCUGAAGAUGAUUCAGAGUUUGAUGAAGUGGAUUGGCUGGAGUAAAGAAACAUCCAUUAAUACACAACCAAACUGAAUGCAAACGUCCAUUGUGGUGCUCGUUCUUUGAAAAUGGUUGGUCAUUAAUAGUGUUUUAUAUUUUUUUCCCCUUCAAUCCUUUUUUUUUUUUUUGGUCCUAUUUUUCAGUUUACAGGAAAAUUAGCACAUCUUUCAAGGUAAAUGUUUUAUGGUAGUUUUUCUUUCUUUCUUUUUUUUUCUGGAAAGAACAUACUUUGUUCAUAUAGACCACUAAGUAUUAAGCAUGGGCAGCUGUUGCUAGAGUAGCAAAUUCUGUUUUUGUUCUAUUUUGGUUUUUACAUCUCAAUUGUGCACUUUGUGAAUUUUAAGUUAAUGAAGGUAACUGAGAUUGAAAUUCCAAGGGCAGCUGUAUGUAUUAAUGAGCCUUAUUCCAUUUUAAAUAAUGUCAAGAAAUGCAUUAAACCUAUCAAGAGAUCACUACCUUGAUUAUGUGCGUACACUAAGAAAGGACAAUAGUAUGUAGUACUGAGUACACGUCAAGAAAAAAGAAUGCUUGAGCUUUUUUUAAAUCUCUCUUUUUUUUUUCAUUUUAAAAUAAUUAUGGCCUUAUAUUUGAGUGUUUAGCAGUCUCCCUUCCCCUGGCACUCCAUCCCUUAAACUACAUAUUGUGUGUGGUACUAUUUGCCUGCCUACAAAAGUUUGAUUUUUCCAUGUGAAAUACUCUGACUGAAACAUAUUGUGUAACUUAUGUAACUGUUAAGAAUAAUAGUCUGAUUUAAUAAAUGGUUCAUUUUAAAUGUU